GUGAAGCUUGCCGGCAGAGGCUGGGACCCAAAGCCUGGAGGAUACGGCGGAGUUUGCUGCAACAACACACACACAGAAAGCUGCUCAGAGAGAAAAUAAACAACAACAAAAAAGCAGCCACCGGUGUCACCAUGAGCUCCAAGCUCAGCCGCGCUCUCUGGAUUAUCUGCGGCUGCAGUUCUUUGCUCAGCACCAUCCUUGCCCAUCUGACGCAGGCUGCAAGAGAAGUUAUUUUGCUGGAUUCCAAAGCACAACAGACGGAGCUGGAGUGGAUCUCGUUUCCUUCUGACGGGUGGGAAGAGAUCAGUGGCGUAGAUGAGAACUACAUUCCGAUCCGCACGUACCAGGUGUGCAGAGUAAUGGAACCUAAUCAGAACAACUGGCUGCGGACUAACUGGAUUGCAAGAGGCAAUGCUCAGAGGAUAUUUGUGGAGGUGAAGUUUACCCUGAGGGAUUGUAAUAGCAUUCCAGGAGUCUUGGGGACAUGUAAAGAGACAUUUAAUCUGUAUUACUUUGAAAGUGACUCAGAUGCUGGCUGGAACAUCAAGGAGAGUCAGUACCUCAAAAUAGAUACUAUUGCAGCUGAUGAAAGUUUUACUCAAGGGGACCUUGGGGAACGUGUAAUGAAACUUAACACAGAGGUGCGAGAAAUCGGGCCUUUGUCGAGAAAGGGAUUCUACUUGGCUUUCCAGGAUGUGGGUGCCUGCAUUGCCCUCGUGUCCGUGCGUGUUUACUAUAAGAAAUGUUGGUCAAUUGUGGAAAAUUUGGCAGCUUUCCCAGACACAGUGACAGGGUCUGAAUUUUCGUCCCUGGUGGAGGUGCGUGGCACCUGUGUUAGUGACGCAGAAGAGGAAACAGAAAACCCUCCCAAGAUGCACUGCAGUGCAGAGGGUGAGUGGUUGGUGCCCAUUGGGAAGUGCAUCUGCAAAGCAGGAUUUCAGCAGAAAGGAGAUGAAUGUGAGGCUUGUGAGCCAGGAUUCUAUAAGUCAUCAUCGCAGGACCAUCGGUGUGCCCGAUGCCCAGCUCAUAGUCAUACAGCUCAGGAAGGCUCCUCAUGGUGUGAAUGUGAGGAUGGUUACUAUAGAGCUCUCACUGACCCUCCCUCUAUACCUUGUACAAGACCACCUUCUGCACCGCAAAAUCUCAUUUACAACAUCAAUCAGACAACAGUGAGUUUAGAGUGGGGUCCACCAGCAGAUACUGGAGGUCGGGAUGACGUCACCUACAGGAUCAUGUGCAAACAAUGCAGCUGGGAGCAGGGUGAGUGUGUGCCUUGUGGCAGCAGCAUUGGCUUCAUGCCCCAGCAGUCAGGACUGGCAGACACGUAUGUGACAGUUGUGGAUCUACUGGCCCAUGCCAACUACACGUUUGAGGUUGAAGCCGUGAAUGGUGUCUCAGACCUGAGUCGGACCCAGAGGUUAUUUGCAGCUGUCAGCAUAACCACGAGUCAAGCAGCUCCCUCACAGGUUAGUGGCGUAGUGAAGGAUAAAGUACAGCAGAGGACUGUCAAUCUCUCCUGGAAGGAACCAGAGCAUCCCAAUGGAGUCAUCACAGCAUAUGAAAUCAAGUACUAUGAAAAGAAUCUAAAAGAACGGACUUAUUCCACAGUCAAAGCUACCUCAACAUCAACUACCAUCAAUAACCUGAAACCAGGCACAGCCUACAUAUUCCAGAUCCGAGCAUUCACCACAGCUGGCUAUGGGAACUACAGUCCUAGGCUGGAGGUCUUAACCCUUGAGGAGAGUACAGCUACAGCUGCUUCCACUGAACAGAACCCAGUCAUUAUCAUCGCUGUGGUUGCCGUAGCAGGGACCAUCAUUCUGGUCUUCAUGGUGUUUGGUUUCAUUAUUGGACGAAGGUAUGGAACUAAGGAACAUGCAGACGUGGGGCACACGAUCGAGGGCAUUCUGAGAUGUUUUCCUUACGUGAGGAGAGCGAUAGAAAUGCACUGUGGCUACAGCAAAGCUGAACAGGAAGGAGAUGAAGAGCUGUAUUUCCACUUUAAAUUACCAGGUUCAAGAACGUACAUCGAUCCAGAAACCUACGAGGACCCUAACCGGGCUGUCCAUCAAUUUGCCAAGGAAUUAGACACUUCCUGCAUUAAGAUUGAAAGAGUGAUUGGAGCAGGUGAAUUUGGAGAGGUCUGCAGUGGUCGCUUGAAGCUGCCAGGUAAAAGGGACAUGCCAGUUGCAAUUAAAACAUUAAAAGUGGGUUUCACUGAAAAACAGCGAAGGGACUUCCUCUGUGAAGCAAGCAUCAUGGGACAGUUUGAUCACCCCAACGUUGUUCAUCUGGAAGGAGUCGUUACCAGAGGUAAACCAAUUAUGAUUGUAAUCGAAUACAUGGAGAAUGGAGCACUGGAUGCAUUCCUCCGAAAACACGAUGGACAGUUCACGGUGAUUCAGCUAGUGGGAAUGCUACGUGGAAUUGCAGCUGGGAUGAGAUAUCUUGCCGAUAUGGGUUACGUACACAGGGAUCUAGCAGCUCGUAACAUUCUGGUCAAUAGCAAUCUCGUAUGUAAAGUUUCUGAUUUUGGUCUCUCAAGAGUUGUAGAAGAUGAUCCAGAGGCCGUCUACACGACAACAGGAGGUAAAAUUCCAGUACGGUGGACUGCUCCUGAAGCUAUUCAGUACCGUAAGUUUACAUCAGCCAGCGAUGUGUGGAGCUAUGGCAUAGUAAUGUGGGAAGUAAUGUCCUAUGGAGAGCGACCGUACUGGGAUAUGUCCAACCAGGAUGUAAUAAAAGCUAUUGAGGAGGGUUAUCGCCUCCCUGCUCCCAUGGACUGUCCACCUGGCCUCCAUCAGCUGAUGCUCGACUGCUGGCAGCAGGAACGCAGUGAGAGACCCAAGUUCGAUCAAAUAGUUGGGAUCCUGGACAAAAUGAUCCGUAAUCCAAACAGUCUGAAGGUUCCCCAGGGUACCUGCAGUAGGCCAAUUAAUCCUCUUCUAGAUCAGAAUACGCCUGAUUUCACAUCCUUCCGCUGUGUAGGUGACUGGCUGGAAGCCAUCAAGAUGGAACGGUACAAGGAUAACUUCACAGCUGCAGGGUAUAGCACAUUGGAAUCCAUAGCAAGGAUGACUAUUGAGGAUGUAUUGAGUUUGGGAAUUACAUUAGUUGGCCACCAGAAGAAAAUCCUGAGCAGCAUUCAGACUAUGAGAGCCCAGAUGCUGCACUUGCAUGGCACAGGGAUCCAAGUGUAGAUCAUUUCUCUCUUCACGCAAAGGGAACAGACUUUCUGAAAAUUUGGAGGAAAGUCCACCAUCUGCUGCUACGUACUGUCAGUACCAACAUUCUUCUAACUUCCUUCCUAUUGUGGAUCAGAGAUUCAAGGGAAGAUGUGCGACAGUGUUCCUCUAAGCCACCUAAAGAGAAACAAAGAGGAUGUAUAACAGUGCAUAAUGAGAGUGGCUGGAACAUGCACAUUAUGAAGAAACUACUACCUGCAACAUUUAGAACUUUAUACAAAAACAAAACAAAAGAAAAACAUUGAGCGUUCUAACCUUUUUGUCUACUGGGCUUUUUAAAAAUGUACAUAUCAAUUUACAUUGAUUAUAUUUGUGAAAGGCAUCCACCAUGUUAUGGUUAAUCAAUUAAAUUGUUUUUGAGAUUUGUGCUUGCUGAAUGGUGUUCAUUCAGCCGUCUUCUCAUUCCUGACCUGCAACAUUGGGCAGAAGCCAAAGAAGGUUGUCCCUGUCCUAGACUCUUAAUUAAUCAGCAACCCAACUCUAUCUUCCUCAUUUAUUUUAUACAUUUGAUUUUAAAACUUCUGUGCCACUUGUAGAACCAAUUAGGUAGAACCAAUUUAGUUUAAACUUAAUAACUUUUCUUGUUUGGUAUAUAUUUAGCAUCCUCAAACAUUUCCACGUAUUAUUUAUUAGUGUCAGUGAAAUUAUUUCAAUAUACUACAAGCAGAAAUUUACCCGUUCCUAAGCCUUCCAUUGUCCCUUAAGAUUUUAAUCAAUGAGACCUCAAAAUGAGGUUCACGUUCUUUGAAUCAGAUUUUUGUUUUUAGUAAAUAUAGCUAGUCCAAGUCUCAGAGCAUGGUACUUUAGCAAAUAUAUUGAUUGCGAAAACAUUCUAACUAUAAAAUUAGGAAGAACUGCAUCAAAACACUGCAGUUAAUCAUAAAAUGAAUGGUAAAGGCAGGCAUCCCAUUAUUAACCUGAUUUGGCCAGCCUUAGAUGAGAGAGAACCAUGAAGUGCAAAACAUAACGUCGGAUAAAGGAAUGGAUGAAGUCUUGUGUUUGACAUUAGGUAAUGAAUUCAUGAGUGAGUUGUGGGGACUUAGGGCAUAGAAUGAAUAUGGAUCAAUCCAAAGGUCCUAUGUAGAAGGUGACCACAAUCUGCGAAUCCAUAGGAGGACCUAGAGAUGGUUGAAGCAAUCACAUUUUUUUAACUCUGAUCAGAAUGUCUUCCCUUAGAGGAAUGUGGGGCAAAGUUCACACCCAGGAAUUUGUGAUUGGCACAAUCCUACAACUCCUCUAUUCAUUAAAUCUUUCUCACUUGUGUUUUUACUCAACCAUAGUAGGGAUGAUGGUCGCCUGGUCAGCACUGACUGUUAGAGGAUUCCAAAGAGUGGCGCUGUUUAAGUUGAUUUUGAUUGUAUUAUGAGAUAUCCCAUGGCUCAAAUCAGAAUUCUUCUCUCAUCUACUUGUGUUGUGGGAUGUGAACGCUUUUAUGUAAAAGUUGUAAUUUAUUUAUACUGUCAUUUUUUACACAGGUCUGUCUGUAGUGAACUCAAUACACAUUGAAAAUGCACUAUAUUUUUCUAUUUCACUGACAGAGAAUCACAGACAACUCAUUUAUUUUCAGUUGUACAUAAUAAGUAAAAGGAAAAUCACAUUUAGGACCAAAGAAAAUUGUAGAGUAGCAAACAUUGUCUAAAAAGAAAAGUUCUGAAGAGAUGCCGUUUUUCUGACUUUUUCAGAUCAUGUACAGUGAUUUUAUAAUUGUGUUUUUCUCAUUUUUGGGGGUGUUAUGCAUUCUAUUAUUUAUUUUUAUUCGUUUCAGAAACAGUGGCCCUGACUUUCUGCAGAGGGAGGGUGGGGGGAGGAUCUAAGAAUGAUUUAUAGGAACACUAGGAGGAGCAACAGUAGCUCAGCGAAACAAUGCAGAAGAAGGUUGAAGGUUCUUUUUGAGUUAAUGGGAAAAGACUAGCAGAACUCCCACAGAAUGUCAGGAACCAGUAUAAUUUCAUAACAACAUUUUUUCUCGCCAGAAUUUGUUGUACUCUGUUAACUCAGAAUGUGUAUAAAUAUUUCAUUCGCUUUUUUGUGGUUAUUUUCAUGGUCUUAUUUUUCAAUUCUUUGUAAAAGACUGUAAAUAUAUUUUUUGAAAAGUGCUUCCAUGAUAUCUAGUGGUUUGAUUUUGGUUGUUAUAUUGUACUUGUCAAUGGUUAUAUUUGACAUUCUAUAAUCCCGGCCGUAAUAAACUGCCACCAAUAAAUAAACUAUUAGUUCAAAAAAGAAUUAAGGAAAGAUUUUAGAUAAAUGUAAGUCUCUCAUGAAUCA